GCUUGCGAUUGUGUUCUUGUUUAUUUGUGUUGCAAAUUAAGUUAAUAUUUCGAUAUAAACUUAUUUCUGACAUUACUAACGUUGAGUUGAACAUCCCGUUCCUCCGUUUUAGUGUUUACAGUGAGAAAGAGACUCAAAAACAAGUGCUGUGCAUUGUGCUAAAGAGACAGAGACUCAAUUUUAUCUUUCAUCAUGAAAGAAAACGAAAGGAAAUGUUACAAGUGUGCAUGUUCUCCUGCUCAUGAUCGUAACAUCACCUUGCAUCGUUUUCCUAAGCCUGGGAGAACAAAUAGCUUACGAUGUGAAUUAUGGGCGAAGUACUGUUUUCCUGAUGACUCUUGGUGGUCACCAGAAUUUCAAAACAAUCUUCAUUCUAGGCAUUUAAUGUUGUGCACUAAACAUUUUAAGAAAUCAUCAUUCAUUGAUAAUUUUGGAAAGAGGCUAGUCAAAUCUGCAGUACCUGAUGAGGAAUGUGAAAAGGAAUGUUAUAAUGUGCCCUCAACUUGCCGCACUCAACUAAACCAGGCUGUGAAUCAUAAUGUUUCCUUAACACUGUCACCUCCAAUACAAAAUACUGUACAAUCAAAUAUAUUAUGUGCAACCGAGGAUGGUUCUUCUUUGAAGUUGUCAGUUUUAACUAAAAAUACUGAUUCUGAUAAUGAAGAUUCAAAUUCCUCAACCCAUGAAAAUGUAUUGAUUCAGUCGAAUGACGGUGUAACAAAUGCUAGCCUGCCGUCCACAACACAACAAAACCCUGAUUCUGAUAAUGAAGAUUCAAAUUCCUCAACCCAUGAAAAUGUAUUGAUUCAGUCGAAUGACGGUGUAACAAAUGCUAGCCUGCCGUCCACAACACAACAAAACCCUGAUUCUGAUGAUGAAGAUUCAAAUUUCUCGACCCAUGAAAAUGUAUUGAUUCAGUCGAAUGAUGGUGUAACAAAUGCUAGCCUGCUGUCCAUAACAAAACAAAAUCCUGGAAAUGAAAAUGAAGUACCAUUCAAAAGUCAAACUUUGAAAGAUUUUAACGUUAAAUCAAAUUUGAAGACAUCACGGAAACUACAUUUAGGGAAACAUAUAAAAACAUGGCAGCAAGAAGUGAAGACACAAGGUCCGAAAUUAAAAACAAUUUGUGUGGUAAUUUUGUCAACCUUUGUAAAAAACUUCAAAAAGUCAGUCCAGACGAUAACAAAAAAUAGUGAUGACAUCAAAGCUUAUGCAUUGACAUAUUAUUUUUAUUCACCGAAAGCAUAUAACUUCUCAAGAAAAUCUAUAUCGCUACACAGUAUGUCUGUUUGUCACAGGGCUAUAUACAGUGAAACCUGGAUAACUGGUAUUCCACUUACCCAGUGUCUCAGAUAUCCAGGUAUAAAUAAAUAUCUGUCUCAUUUACAGAGGGUUCCAUUAAUAGAGGUUAUUUCAGUUAUAGAUGUGCGAUUAUUAAUUAAAAUAACGUGUUUUGUAAACAUAAUACAUACACAGACAUCUGGACGAUAGCAAAAUCAAACUAAAACUGGAGGUCACUUUUACGCAAUUAGCCAAGUGUGAAAUUUGCGGGUAGAAUAAGAAUUAAUAAACAAAACGGUACACAAAAUUUAGUCUCAGUAAAAGAGGUAAAAUAUACUCGUUGUCUCAAUUAUAGAGGUUAUAAUUAUGAUGAGUAAAAUCGAAAGAACUAAUCCCUAAAAUAUAGUCUCAGUAAAAGAGGUAAAAUACACUCGCUGUCUCAAUUAUGGAGGUAAUUAUGACGAUAAAAUCGAAAGAACUAAUCUCAGAUAUUAUUAUGUUUGUUUUGUCCCACUAACAGAGGUAAUUCAGUGCUAAAGUGUCUGGACCUAAGCAUAAGUUCCAGCUAUGGAGGUAUCUCACUUAUCCAGGUCCCACUUAACCAAGUUUUACUGUAUUUUUUAUUAUACUAGGUAUCAUAAUGAAGAUAUUACAAAAUAUGUGUCCCGUCCCCCUACUUAAGGAGAUGUACUCCUAGCGUGUCAUACAAAAACCUAAAAAACCCUAGACAUGUUUCUAUGCAAGAGACCUCUUAAAACAAGCAUUUUUUAACGUAUUUUUUCUCUGGCUCUUUCACAUAAAAGGUAAUACACAAUGUAAAUAUGAAAAUUGGUAUGAUUGCAGUGCAUACUCAAUAGUUAGGUCAAAUAAAAAAACUGACCAAGUGCGAGUUGGACUCGCGCACGAGGGUUUCGUACCUCGUAAGCAUGUAAUGAUGCUCAUAUUGUGGACCUCUUAAUUAAUUUUGUUUCUUAUUGAUAUCUAAAAAAUUUUUGGUUAAGAUAUCAUUUUAUUUUUCGUGUAAUAUUUAGAUAGAUAUGGAUUAGUAAGCUGAAGUGGCAAUGGGCCGACCUAUAUGGUCUCCGACUAGGUAAGUCCAACUUCGACCGAGAGGUCAAUCGACGGAUUCAAAUCGGCUGGGCACUGUUCGGUAAAUUACGGCACAUCUUCUCGUCAGGUUUAACUCAAAACCUGAAAACAAGAUUGUGCAACCAGUGCGUGUUGCCAGUGAUGACUUAUGGAUCUGAGACGUGGUCCUUUACUGCUGGCCGUAUGAGGACGCUCAAGGUCGCUCAGCGAGCUAUGGAGAGGGCUAUGCUCGAAGUUUCUCUGUGUGAUAAACUUAGAAAUGAGGAUAUCCGCAGUAAAACCAGUGACCGACAUAGCCCAACGGAUAAGUAAGCUGAAGUGGCAAUGGGCCGGCCAUAUAGCACGAAGAACCGACAACCGAUGGGGAAGAAAGAUUCUCGAGUGGCAACGGGCUGGCGAAGUGUAGGGCGUCCCCCUACUAGAUGGACUGACGACCUGGUAAGAUAUGCAGGAAUUCAAUGAAUGCAGGUGGCUUGGAAACGUGCAUUGUGGCAUUACUUGGAGGCCUAUGUUCAGCGACUGUGACUUGUGAUAUUUCUGUCAGAGAGCACGAGGGAUCUGUGACAGAAAACAUCUGGCCACCGAGCUUCAGCACGUCGAGCAAGUACUGCAAGACAACAAGCUUCAGGUCCCGCGCAACAUAAUUCAAGCCGCCGAAGAAGAUUAGUCAAUUUUUACCAUUCGUCAAGUGUCAUAUCCCUCUACAAGAUGCAGGAGUGUACAAGCUGGAUUGUGAAUGUGGUCUCUCGUACAUAGGACAAACAAAAGAUCUAUAAAAACCCAUGUUAAAGAACAUAUAGCUGACGUGAAGCACGGACGUAUCGGGAAGUCUGCAGUUUGUGAACAUGUUCAAGAUCGUCCCCGCCAUUACAUUAGAUUUGAUAGACCACAAAUCCUCGCAAAAGAACACCGAUUCCUCCCAAGGAUGAUUCGCGAGGCUAUUGAAAUUAAAAACAUCCUAAUUUCAAUAGAGAAGAUGGUUGGGUGCUGCCAUCUGCUUGGGAUCCCAUAAUUAAUAAAAUCAAAUCCAAACCCAAGUAUACCACUGCUAGACUUUAAGAUACUGUAAGCUCAUUCUGCGUAAAUCGAACCAAAAAUUAAUAUUAAAAAACUGAAGGUAGCCGGGCUAACUAUGACAUCAGGACGUCAAACACCUCAGUCCCCCGUGACCACGGGUGCUUUGAAAGCACCCGUAAUGUCGGGAAUAUAAAAUAAGUUAAUAUACGCGAUAAAAUCCGUA